AUGCCGUGCUGUCCCCAUGGUUACCCCAUGCCACGUAUCCGCUGUCCAAUGGCACGAUGUCCUCCGGGUUUCUCGUGCCACACCCACGUGGUAAACAGAUGGGGGGUCUGUUGCCGGGCUACUCUCACGAUUAACCAGAUACGCAAUACGGUUAACCGGAACACAGGCAUUGCCCGCCAGAUGCCCAGCGUUGCCGGACCGAUGCCCGGUGUUAUGCCUACAUGUACAAGACAGAGUAAUCUCCCCUGCUGUCAGUAUGGUCAACCGGUGGGAGGAAUUGACUGUCAGGUCCGGCGAUGUUCGACUGGCACCACGUGCUUUACCCACACGACUGGCCAAUGGGCAGUCUGCUGUCCGAUGUCCCAACAGCAAACGUCCAGGACAGUUGUGAUGGUUGCCGGUCCCAUGGGUAUCGGUUCCCCAUCACCAGUGAUGAUUGCCGGUCCCGGGUUCAGUCCCGGCGCCGCUCCUACUGGUCCAACCAUUCCACAGGAGACACAGAUUAUCAAUAUGUCCCCAUCGUCAUGUUCCUCUAGCAGUCCGACCGCCUGCUGCCCAAAUGCCAUGCCCAUUCCGGGGUCAAACUGUCGAUUCGAAGCUUGUCGUUCAGGAUCCACUUGUAACGUGCACGAAACAGAUGCAUGGGCUGUCUGCUGCCCCGCCCCCAGACAACGACAAAUAGAACCUAGGCCAACCAGUUGCAGCCGGACGAAUAACGUCGCAUGCUGUGAGGCAGGUCAGCCCCUGACUGGGAUUCAGUGUCGCGUGCAGGCCUGUCCCCCCGGGUACUUUUGUAACUCCCACUUUAACAACCGUUGGGCCGUGUGCUGCCAGGGUCCUAAUACAGUUGUAACGCCACAGACUUGCAGCGUAAACGAUGCACAAGCGUGCUGUCCACGAGGCGCGAUUGUUCACGGGACUCAGUGCCGGACACGCCCAUGUCUAAGUAACCAGUUCUGCCAUUCAAACCCGGAGGGCCGAUGGGCUGUGUGCUGCCUAGAAAGUUCCGCAACUCCGCCAGGUAACACCAGAAUGGCUCGAGAAUUGUUACGUAAAAUACCUUAA